UUUUGCAUGGUGAAUCAUCACAAUUAAAAAAAAUUAAUAGCUUCUCUCUUCGUCUAUAUAAUGUUUGUGUGUUUUCGUUGAAGUUCACACACACACACACACACACACAAACGCAUCGAGUUUACAAGAGAAAUUGAAACAUGGCAAGUAAGUCAGCUGAUCAGCUUCACGUGGUAAUGUUCCCAUUCUCUGCGUUUGGUCAUAUCAGUCCAUUUAUACAGCUUUCCAACAAGCUCUCCUUCCAUGGAGUCAGAGUCUCAUUUUUUUCCAUCCCUGACUAUAUUUCUCGCAUCAAAACCUUACUCAUUCCCUCUCCUUCCAUCCAAAUCAUCCCCCUUCAACUCCCACCAGAUCGUCAUCAACAUCUCAACCCCAUUCAAACUCUCGACCUCAUUCAACCACAGAUCAAGACCCUCCUAUCAAAUCUCAAACCCAACUUUGUUCUCUUCGAUUUUUCUCAGCACUGGCUUCCAUCGCUUGCUUCCGAAAUCGGCAUCAAAUCCCUGUUCUUCUCCAUGUUUUCCGGAAUCGCAAGCGCCUACAUUACCGUCCCUGCUAGGCUCAGCAACCUCCAAGAAACUCCCACUGUCAGUGAUCUCAAGGACCCACCAUUGGGGUUCCCCGAAAGCUCUAGUGUUCGACUGAAAACCUUCCAAGCUGAGGACUACUUGUACAUGUUCAAGAGCUUCGAUGGAGGGCCUACUGUUUUUAACCGAGUCCUUGCCGGCUGGACCGGUUGCUCUGCUAUUGUCAUCAAGAGUUGCAAGGAAUUAGAUGGGUGUUACCUAGAUUACUUGAAGACCCAGUUCCAAAAGCCCAUUUUCCUUACUGGUCCACUUGUCCCCGAGCCACCGUGCGGUCAGCUCGAGGACAGGUGGGCUAAAUGGCUUGGUCAGUUUCCUCCAAAGACUGUUAUUUUCUGCUCGUUUGGAAGCGAAACGUUUCUCAAAGACGAACAGAUAAGAGAAUUAAGCCUUGGGUUGGAACUCACUGGUCUACCUUUUUUCUUGGUUUUGAAUUUUCCUGAAAAUGUGGAUGGCAAGGCUGAGCUUGAAAGGACAAUUCCAAAGGGGUUUUUGGAGAGGGUGAAGGAUAGGGGUGUUGUCCACACUGGGUGGGUUCAGCAACAGCUUAUUUUAGCGCAUAGCAGCGUUGGGUGCUAUCUUACGCACUCUGGAUUCAGCUCUUUGAUUGAGGCUUUGGCCAAUGACUGUCAGCUGGUGCUGUUGCCUUUCAAAGGAGACCAGUUCAUUAACGCCAAGCUCAUGAGCCAAGACUUGACAACUGGGGUGGAGGUAAAUAGGAAAGAUGAGGAUGGGUACUUUGGGAAAGAAGAUAUUUGUGAAGCUGUGAAAACUGUGAUGGUGGAUGUUGAUAAGGAACCUGGUAGAUCUAUCAGAGCAAAUCAAGAAAAGUGGAACAAAUUUUUGUUGGAUAAUAAAAUCCAAGAUAAGUUCAUUUCAGAUCUGGUGGCAGAGCUGAAAAGCUUUUCCGGCUAGCCAUCUUCAACUUGCACUCAGUAGUGGUCAGAAUUAUGUUGGAUUGGUAUUAAACUGUCGUGCAUUUGUACGUUAUAAAUGUUUUUUUUUUUUUUUUGGUGGAGUUUUUAUCAAUAAGUUUUGUUAUUAAUGUUUUUGUUGUUGUCAUAAAUUAAUAAACUGUAUUAGCAUGCUAAAUUGAAUAAAUACGGUGCCAUGUCAUUUUUUUUCUUU